UUGAACGUCACAACUUCCGGGUUGUCUACUUGCAGCAGCCAUAUUCCGUUCUUCAAGGGUAUCUGCAGAGACAAGGCCAGACAACAUGUACCGGUUUGCGAAAGCUGCAGCCAACAUCGGUGGUCAGGCUGUGCGACAGGUGAGACAUGGAUCCACCGCCCCUCAGGACUUUCACUCCAAGUACGGCAUGGGUGUGCUCGUCGGUGGAGCUGCCUUCUGCACAUCUGUGUGGGGAUAUGUGCUGACUCAGACUGGUAUCACCUGGAACCUUUCCCCAGUAAGGAAGGUCAUGCCCAAAGCGUGGAGAGAGGCUGAGGAGUGAAGAGCCGACAUGAAAGACCUGCUUCCCACCCAGAAACCCUGUGGUUGUACAGAUGAAAAACAAAAUAUCUGCGUUUUCAGACAGCAAAGUCUCAUGUUUAUUCCACAUGUUGUAUUGUCCAAAUAAAUUAACUGUAA